AUGGUGGUUGCUAAUGAUCAUCAUCUCUCUUCCAAGAUUCUCCCUAGAGUUCUCAUCGUCUCUCGUCGGACACUACGCAAAAACAAGUUCGUGGACUUUGUAGGAGAGUACCAUCUCGAUCUCAUCGUCUCAAACGGUGCAGUUCCUGUCAUCGUACCACGUGUCAGCGGGAUACAUUCUAUGCUCCAGAGCUUUGAGCCUAUCCACGGUGUACUCCUCUGCGAAGGAGAAGACGUUGACCCUUCUCUCUACGAAGACGCAGAACACAACCAAGGACUCUCUCAAGAAGACAUGGAGGAGAUCAAGAGGUUGCACGAGAGUGACACGACCAUCGACAAAGAGAAAGACAGCAUCGAGCUGACUCUAGCUAAACUCUGUCUCGAAAGAAACAUUCCCUUUUUAGGCAUUUGUCGUGGCUCUCAGAUCCUCAACGUGGCAGCUGGAGGAACUCUUUACCAAGACAUUGACAAGGAGCUUGGAACUACGACGAAGCAUAUAGAUUAUAACAACUACGAUGAGCAUAGGCACGAGGCUAGAGUUGUUGAGGAGACACCGUUGCAUAAAUGGUUUGGUGAGAUGGAUCAGAUAAUGGUGAAUUCGUAUCAUCACCAAGCUGUGAAGAGACUAGGGGAACGUUUUGUUCCCAUGGCUUAUGCUCCUGAUGGUUUGAUAGAAGGGUUCUAUGAUCCGAACCGUUAUGAUCCAGAGGAAGGUCAGUUUCUGGUGGGUCUGCAGUUUCAUCCAGAGAGGAUGAGACUCUCGGGAUCUGAUGAGUUUGAUUAUCCUGGAUGUGCUACUGCUUAUCAGGAGUUUGUGAAAGCUGUGACUGCGUUUCAGAAGAAGCAACUAGACGCAGCAGAGAUUGUGAUGGAGCUGAAGAUGAAGAAGAAGACGUUAGUCAAAAGCUUCUCCAUGGCUGAGCUUCUAGAGGCAAACACGGUUCUAAGCCAGAAACAAGAGAAUAGGUUGAAGCAGAUGGGAGCAACGGUGAGGAACUCGUGUGUGUAUAUGAAGAGGAUGAAAAGGAAAGAGGAGCAAGAGAGAGCAAUGGAUAAGUUGUCCGAGGAGCGUUUAUCUGAGCUUCUUUCAUUCCACCGUAUGAUGGCUCGUCUUUGCUCUGAUGCCAUCAAGAGGAAGCUGCUGGAACCUGAAACUGAGACAUAG